GGAAGCCGUCUCGGGUACUCCGCCCUCCCCACUGGCAGCCAGCCGCGGCAUUGCUUGAGAAACCCGGCGGCAAGCGGGGAUGGCGGCUGUGGCUUCGGCUGCCAGGUGGCUGUUCAGCCUCAGGGCGGCAGGGGCUGAGAGGCACUGGCGUCGGCUCUGUGGCGCGGGCCUGGCGCGGGGCUUUCUGCACCCCACCGUGACUGGCGAGGAUGCGGCCCAGAGGCGGCAGGUGGCUCAUUUCACUUUCCAGCCGGACCCGGAGCCCCGGGAGUACGGGCAAACUCAGAAAAUGAAUCUUUUCCAGUCAAUAACAAGUGCCUUGGAUAACUCACUGGCCAAAGAUCCUACUGCAGUAAUAUUUGGUGAAGAUGUUGCCUUUGGUGGAGUCUUUAGAUGCACUGUUGGCUUGCGAGACAAAUAUGGAAAAGAUAGAGUUUUUAAUACCCCAUUGUGUGAACAAGGAAUCGUUGGAUUUGGAAUUGGAAUUGCAGUUACUGGAGCUACUGCCAUUGCAGAAAUUCAGUUUGCAGAUUAUAUUUUCCCUGCAUUUGAUCAGAUUGUUAAUGAAGCUGCCAAGUAUCGCUAUCGCUCUGGGGAUCUUUUUAACUGUGGAAGCCUCACUAUCCGAUCCCCUUGGGGCUGUGUUGGCCAUGGGGCUCUGUACCAUUCUCAAAGUCCUGAAGCAUUUUUUGCCCAUUGUCCAGGAAUCAAGGUGGUUAUACCCAGAAGCCCUUUCCAGGCCAAAGGACUUCUUUUGUCAUGCAUAGAGGAUAAAAAUCCUUGUAUAUUUUUUGAACCUAAAAUACUUUACAGGGCAGCAGUGGAACAGGUUCCUGUAGAAUCGUACAACAUCCCACUGUCCCAGGCCGAAGUCAUACAGGAAGGGAGUGACGUUACGCUGGUUGCCUGGGGCACUCAGGUUCAUGUAAUUCGGGAGGUAGCUUCCAUGGCAAAAGAAAAGCUUGGAGUGUCUUGUGAAAUUAUUGAUCUUAGGACUAUAAUACCUUGGGAUGUGGACACAGUUUGUAAGAGCAAGGAGUCAAUCCUCUAAUUAUCUGGAACUUCUAUGAACCAGCAUUCAAUAAAAAAAUUGCUAAGUAGAUGAAGAGACAGGAGUAUUUGAUCAAUAGCAAAGAGGAAACAAACAAAAAAAGAAACAGCUGAUCCAGCUAUUGGAGUUAGUAGACAAGGACAUCUUGAUUGUUAUGCUUAGGAACAUAGAGAAAAGAAGGAACAAAAGAGGUAAGAGGUUGGAGAAUUACCCUAGAGAAUUGGGGGUGUGUGUGUGUGUACAUGUAUGUAUAUGGAUCAAUUAAACUCUGCGGAGCCAUCAAAAAUAUAUAUAUCUGACAAUAAGAACUCAAUGGAUGAGUUUAUGACAUAUUAGACUCAGUAGAUGAUAGCAAUAAUGACCUGGAAGGGUAGCUAAUAGAAUAUGUUCAAAUUGAAGCAGAAGUCAGAAAAGAGGAUAAAGCACAUUUGGGAUCUGGUCAAAAGAUCUGUUUUAUAUACGAUUUAAUUCCAGAAAAAGAAGAGAGAGAAAAUCAAUCAGCAACAAUAUCUAAAAGAAUUUCUUGGGAAAGUUUCAGAACAUCAUUACACAAGCUUUGUUAACCUUUAAGAAGAUUGUGUUAAAAGAAAACCACACCUACAUACACAGUGGCAUGACAUCUUAAAUUUCUGACUACGCUAGCCUAGAAUUCUAUACCUAGUGAAAAUAUCUUUUUUAAAUGAAGAUGAAAUAAAAAUAGUUAAGGCAAACAGAAAUUGAGAGAAUUAUUGCUAGCCGGUCUCAGUAAAAGAAGGUACUGCAAGGGAGCUCCCUUCGGCAGAAGGAAAAUGAUCCUAAGAGAAAAUACAGAGGAGAGCAUAACCUGUAGCCCAAUAUUGAUUGUCUGAAAAAGUUGUGAUAAUUUUCUGUGAAGUUUAAGUUAAAUAUAUGGAAUUGAAAUGUAAGACAAUAAACACAAAAGCCAGGGGUUUUACAUAGAGUUAAAAUAUUCUGUUUUUCUAGGAUUAUUAUGAAGUGUAAUGUUCUGAUUAGGUUAUAAUCAAUGAUACAAAUUAUAAUUGCUAAUGUAACAACUGAAAUAACAAUGAAAGAAUGCAUAUCUAGCAAGUUAAUAAGAGAACUAUAAAGUAAUAAAAAUAUUUAGUUAAUCCAAAAGAAAGAAAAGUAGUAAGGAUAAAAAAGUGGAUGGAUCAAUAGAUAACAGAUAACAAGAUGAUAUAAACCCAAAUAUAGAAGUAAUUAAAUACAAAAGGAUUAAAUAAACUUAGUAAAAGUCUAAGAUCCUCAGACUUCAUUAGAAAAAACAACUACUGACACCACACAUAGCUUAAAAAGGCAUACUUUAAAUAUAAGGACAUCAAAAUGUUGAAAAUAAAGGGAUGGAAAAAGAAAGCUGGUGUAGAUAUACUAAUUUCAAAUAAAGCAUUAAGGCAAAAAGGAUUACUUGAAUGAAGAGGGGCAUUUCAUAAUGCCAGAGGGACCAGUCCACCAUGAAGAUAUCUCAUAAUCCUAUUUUGUCCUCAAUAAUAUAGUUUUAAAAUAAAAAAAGCAAUAAACUAAACAAAGAAAACACAGAACUCAGAAGAGAUACGAACACAUUCAUAGUUACAGCAGGAGAUUUUAAGACAUUCGUCUUAAAUGUUGCUUAAUCAAGCAGACAAAAUAUUGUUAUGUGUAUAGAAGAUCUGAACAAAACAAUUUGUAAACUUGUCCUAAUUGUGUACCAAGCUAUUCCAGAAAUCAUUCUUUUUAAUAGAAUAUGUAGCAUUUAUCAAAAUGGCCAAAUGCUGGGCAAUAAAUACAACCUUAAAAAAUUACAAAAGCUUAGAAUCAUUUAGAGUAUGUUCUGUAACAAUAGUGGAUUUGGUUAGAAAUCAAGAGAAAGAAAAGGACAACUGGAAAAGCUUCAACUUCCUACAAAUUAAGUACUUUACUUCUUUUUCUUU